GUAUUCAUACAGGUAACUAAACACUAUGGGUACCAAGUAUAUAAACCCUACUCCAGUCUAUACACUGUUAAAGCUAAACACAGAAGAAACUUGGGUUCAGUAGAGGACUAAGGGAAAGUCAAGAUGAAGCUGUUUUUGCUGGCUACGAUCCUACUCCUGUGUGUCCCUCCACUAAAUACUUGCAAGACUGUUCUGAGAGUGAAGAAAAGGGCCAUGGAACAUGCCUGUCAAACACACAGAUCCCAUUUUGAAGGGCAUAUUAGAAAAAUGAGCUUCCCAGAUCUAGAAGGAAUAGCUAAUUUUUUCAUUGGCAAAGCACUUUCAUUGACUGGGAUACAGAUCUUUGAUGUGAAACUCCCUAAUAUGAAAGUGAAUCUUGUGCCAGGUGUCGGUGUUCAAGUGACCCUAGAAAGCAGUCUUCAUAUUAAAGGAAUACUUCUUUUUGCCAAUGUUGACAUAAAAGUAGACUCAGGAAUUACUGCUGAUGUCUCAGUCACUAAGACAUCUGGAGGACUCCCAUUGCUGAAGGUUUCUGCUUGCAAGUCUGCUUUGGGACAAAUACAAGUCACUGCUUCUGGAAUAAAUUUAAUAUCGCCAAUGGUUUCCGCAAUUCAGGGGCAUAUCCAUGCUAUGAUCAGCAAACAACUUUGUCUCACAGUAUCAAACGUUUUUGUGGAUGCCAAUGUGAAUUUGCAACUGAUGUGCGCAAAUCACAUCAAUGAGCACUUUGAACUCCAGUACAAUGUGCCGACUCCCCCAGUGGUGAAAAAUGACUAUGUGGAAAUGAAUAUGUAUGCACAGUACAAGGUGGAAGAGAGAGUCCUGGAGCUUCCAACUGGUGCCCAGGAGUUUACUCUUCCCCCUCCAGAUGCAAGUGCCCCUGACUCUAUGGUCACCAUGGCGAUUCCCAGGGACUUCUUCAGCUCCAUAUUUGCAGCUCUUCAUACUUCAAAAAAAUUCAGCCUAACUAUUCCAGCUUCAACUAGUUCUCUUAUUAAUGAGCUGAAAACAUCAUAUGUUGGCUCCUAUAUUCCUGAGAUCAGUCGGAAAUACCAUGAGUCUUUAGCUGUGGGGAUAAAGAUUUCACUUAGCCAAGUACCAGUGGUGACAUUCCAGUCCAGCCAGCUGGCAAUUCAACUGACUUCUUCCGUGGAACUAUUUGCGGUGUCUCCCAGAUCUGGUAAUGAGCACAUGCUGACUUUCAGUGUGGGAGUUACUUUGGCUGCCAAGCUGGACGUGAGCGUGGAUAAACUGAAGAUCUCUGUUUCCAUACAAAAGGAGCUCAGUGUUUCCCUGGCAUCUUCCUCUAUUGGACAGUGUGGCUGUACUUCAUCCUCAGUCUCUGGUUACAUGCAGACAGUGUUUGAGAAGGCAUACUUGAUUCACAUCAAUGAGGUGCUUAGCAUAGGGGUGGCACUGCCGGCAUUGCCAAACAUGAAUCUCAUUCAGCCUGUUUUUGACAUUAAGAAGGAUUACGCUGUCAUGUCAUGUGAUGUGCAAUAUACUUAGAGAUCCAAAGAUGAAAAAGAAUCAACAUCAGCAUUCUGAGUGGCCUGAUUAUAUGAAAAAUAUGAUUUCUCAGACUCAUUAUAGUCUAAUAAAAACUAUACAUGAU